UUAGAGCGAGUGAAGAGAAGACGAAGCGAGAGAAGAGAAAAGAAGAGAAGCUGAGAGUCGCCUCAGCUCGUCCUGUGGUUACACAUACAGGUGGACAAGACUUUUGAAAUACAUCGAGGUUGAAUUUCUGCUCAACACAGGAUAAAUCUCCGAAAAUGGAUCCUUUUACUGAGAAACUUUUGGAGCGGACUCGGGCUCGCAGAGAGAACCUGCAGAAGAAAAUGGCAGAUAGACCAAAUGCAGGAAACAGACCAAUGGUAAAAAGACACAGAGAGCCAUUGGCCGACUCCAACAGUGUGAUCAGUGAGCUAGCCACUGAUAAAGCUCCACAGCCAUCCAGCAAGCCCUCUCCCUCCAAGCGCCUGUGUUCAGGGGAAAAUGUCCAGCCUGCAGCUGGUGAGGAGAACCAAGAGCCGCUGAUGAUGCGACCUGUGGACCAGAUUCUUUCUGAUCCUCCCACAGACAAGAAACCUCCAGUUGUGCCAGGCUGCAGACAAUCUUCCUCCCUGGAGAGGACUGCUAACCAACCCGAUGUUCAGUCUCAGCUAGAGCAGCUGAAAACUGUACAGCCAAUGCCAGAGAAGAUGGCAGUCACCACUGCCCCACAAAAUCAGAGCUGCAAAAAAACAGAGAUGGUAGUUGCUAGUCCGGCCCCCCAGAGGUCCAAGGAGAACCUGGUGGGAGAUUCAGGUCGAUGUGUUGCUGGCAUGAAGUCACGUCUACAGAUACUAGCUGAGCAAAGAAAGUUUUGGGAUGGCAAUAGCACCUCUGAUGAACUUCCAGACUGUACUCCUCUGUCCCUGCCGAAGAGACCAACCGAGAACCCACCAGCUGCCGUCCCAUCUGCGUCCACUGGAACUCCAGUAGGGAGGAGAGGCAGAUUGGCCAAUCUCGCUGCCACCAUUGGAUCCUGGGAAGACGACCCAAGCCAUGCUAAUAUCCCCAAAGAGAAUACAGAAGAAACGCCGGGCAAAGCUGUUCCCAAGUUAGCUGUCAGAGAUGCCACAGUGGCUGCAAGCCCAAAACCAAGUGCCAACCAAGGUUAUUCAGCUGCAAGCAGCAAGUCUACAUCCAGCUAUAAUCAGCAGGCUGUGUAUGCUCCUGUCAAGGCUAGCCGAGUUUUUCCACCAAGCCCUCAGAAAGCUGACACCCCUGCUGCCAGACCAGAACUCCAUUCAGUGACUAAUCCUCAAAAAAGUUCCAACCAGGGUAUGACCUCCAUCUCUAGUCCUCAGAACAGCAACAACCUCAGGACGGCCUUCCCAUCCAGUCCCCAGAUGGCCGGCCUCUCCUCCACAGCAUCUGUGCCUCCAAGCCCUCUGAAGAAUCAGGUCCCUUCCAAAGCCCUCAACCUCACUGCCAGCCCCCAAAAGCAAGAGCUCCGUGCCAAGCCUGCCAUUGUUGGCCCCUCUGCUACCCAGGAAAAGACCACUCCUGGAUGUCCUGUUGUAAAAUCUUUCCUGGAGCGCUUUGGAGAGAAGUGCCAGCAGCGUAACAACCAGAGUUCUCCAGCAGGUGGCACUAUCCAGGCCAAGACUCCCACUGUAACUCCUUCAGUCACACCAAACACCAGACUGGUACAGGAUAGACUCAAAGCUUCCCAGGCUGCAAACACAACCACUGCUGAUCUUACCCAGAAACAGAGAAUGGAGCGUGAAUCUGAGCUGGCCAUGAUUCGCAGUCGCUUCCAGAAUGGGAACAACAUGUGGAAAAACAAAGAUGAGGCAACAGCAACCAAGAAAAUCACAGAUAUUAAGGAACAGCUUAUCACACCAGUGGAGAGAGAAGUUGCCCCAUGUGAGCCACAGGAUGAAUCCACACCAUCCAUCUCUACUGAGAAACCAGGUGCACCUACCUCACGCACUCCUGCAGCAGGUCCUUUGUUGGCGGUCUCGCCUCCAGCCAUGACAUCCAACCCUCGGAGGAUUGUUCCUACUGAAGAGAAAGCAACUGAUGAAACAGCAGAAAAAGAGGAAGUGGUCACGGAGAGAGAGAUGAAUGUGGACCAGUCCAUCAACUCUGCAGUUAUCAACGAGCUGUUUGAUGGAGUUCUGGAUCAGAGUGAGGAGGAGGAGGAGGAGGAGGAGGAAGACGCUUUGAAUAUCUCCUCCAUGUCCCUCCUCACCCCACUGUCAGAGACUGUGGCUGCCGUGGUGAAAAGUCCAGAGAGGAAAAUGAUGACGUCAACUCCAGCCGGUUCAUUCAUUGUGAAGUCUCCACUGAGUGACUCCAAACCUAGCAAGUUUCAGAGGACUAAUAUAAUAUGGACUGGCUCCUCCGACAGUGUGGAGGCCUCAGAUGAAGACCACAAGUUACCAUAUAGCAUUAGUGCAUACAGGUCUACCAGAGUAAAGGAGACGGGGAGACCACAUGUGAAGCAGGUCAUUGUUAGAAAAGAGGACGUUUCUCACAGAGCAGAAGAGCCCAGAGGAUCUGCUCUCUCUAGUAUCAAACAGAAAAUGAAGAUUUUGACGAAUGAGAUGAACAUGCAGCAGACAGUUAUUCAUCAGGCCAGUCAAGCACUCAACUGCUGCACAGAUGAGGAGCACGGAAAAGGAUCCCAGGUGGAGGCUGAGGCAGAGAGGAUGGUGCUGGUGGCAAUGGAGAGAAGGGGUGCACUGAUAGCAGAGCUGGACCGCCUGAAAGGAGGUGCAGCCGGACAGAAAAAUUCCCCUGCUGCCCCAGAAUCCUCCAGCACGUCUGCCUCCAGAGGCUCCAUCAACCUACAGGAGUUACGUCUGCCUCUUAAGGCAGACUUUGUUUGCUCCAUUGCCAACAAGCCAGAGUCAACCAAACAUUCUUUCUUCAUCAUGAUUCGGGCUGGAGCAGAGAACACUGUGGCUACUCCGCUGGCCAGCACACACCAUGGCCUCAGUGGAGACACUCUCUCCUUCCCUACAAAGUUCAACAUAUCUGAUGUCUCCAGUGACUUUGCCAUUGAUAUUCAGGUCUAUUGCCUGGUGCAGAAACAAGAUGUUUCCAGUGACAAGAAGAAGAAACCCAGCAAAUCAAAGGCUAUCACUCCAAAGAGACUCCUUGGAAUCACAAAAAGUGUGCAGACACCAGUUGUGGCAAGUCCAGGAGGCCCCAAUGCUGUUCGCACCAGUAACUUCAUCCUGGUUGGAUCCCACAAGCUCAUUCUGUCUUCAAUUGGAAAAAACAAAUUUCAUUUGGAGAAGGUGCCAUUCUUGUGUCCCCUGGAGGGCCACAUCUACCUCAAGAUGCAGUGUGAUGUUGGCUCAAAGGUGGAGGAGAGGGGUUUCCUGACAAUGUUUGAAGAUGUUAGUGGAUUUGGAGCCUGGCACAGGAGGUGGUGUGUCCUGUCGGGAUACAACAUCUCCUACUGGACCUACCCAGAUGAUGAAAAGUGCAAGAAUCCGAUUGGUCGUAUCAACCUGGCUAACUGCACGAGUAAGAGAGUAGAACCAGUCAACAGAGAGUUUUGUGCCAGACCACACACAUUUGAGCUCAUUACAGUCCGACCACGGAGAGAAGAUGAUAAAGAGACACUUGUCAGUCAGUGCAAGAACACCAUGUUUGUCACCACAAACUGGCUGAGUGCUGACACCAAGGACGAGAGGAAUCUGUGGAUGAAGAAACUGAAUCAGAUUGUGGUGGAUCUGCGUAUGUGGCAGCCAGAAGCCUGCUACAGGCCUCUGUGAUUUCCGCAGUUAGUCAAAACCAGCCUUUUAUCUUUGGACUGACUCAUGCAAUUACUGAGUGCAAUACAGUGUGAGGAUUGUAAAAUAUUUUUAUUUGUGGAUGUUUUACAGGAACUCAAACACAAGUUAAAGUUUAGAGGAGAGUAAAUAAAGCCAUAUUUUAGGAGUAUUUCAGGGCAGUAUUUUGUGCAUGUGUCCUGGUUUGACAUAAUGAUUUUUACAUUUCCGGGCUGAUUUGAUACUGGCUUCUUGGGUAUUGUUCAGUCGCCAUCUUUUUAUGUUAAUGCUACUACUAGAUGUUGUGUGGCUUUUACAGAAUUGGUUUUAUCUGUAUACAUGGUAUUGAAAAUACAGAUGAAUGCUAGUUUGUAUCACCACAGUUCUUUCACUGCAUGGCAGCACAGAACAUUGCUGAUAAUUGUUUUAAGAUUUCACUUUAUAUAUUAGCUUUUAUGCAUAACUUGUGGGAGGACUUUUAAAUGUGUUUCUUUAUUGUCAUGCACAGAUAUUUGAUACUGUUAUACCCCAGAUUUCAAUCUGUUUACUCUGUUUUAUCACUUUUUGUGUCAGUGUUUAUUGUAGAAGUUAAAGUUUGCAUAUUCUGCUCUCAAGCAUGUCCAACACUAAUUUUAGGCCAAAACUGUCAGUUUAAAAACAACUACUUACUGAAUCCCAGUUCAUUAUUUAUCGUAUCCUACACAGAUACUGAUUUAUUACCCAUGUUUUGUGUAAAAAAAAAAUGUGUUUAAAUGCACCCAGACUAAAUCAAGUUCCACUCCUUGUGUUGCUCAAAGAGAUUAUGUAACAGACUUUACAGUGAACCCACAGAUGUGUGUGAAAAUCUUUUCACUAGGUAUAAAAGACAAAGUUUUAUCAGCAUGUUUGUAUCGAAUACACAUUUACAUACCCAUA